AUGAACCGUUCUUUCUCCCCGUCUUCGGUUCGAUCCAUCCGACCGAACCAGCCUCUGAGGAAACCAUCCACCCUCCCCGUGGGCGUUCCCGCUCUGACUCCGCCUUCCAGACGUCUGACAUCACCUGGUACAGUGCCUGUUCCACACGUGGCAAGCCUGGGUGCUCUAAAUGCCUUGGACAAGAGGGUUAAAUCUCCAUUCUUAGGCACUGCACCUCCAGAUACAUACUUUUGCAACUUCUGUGGUCAGCAAGGAAAUUUUCGGUGCAAAGGCUGCAAGAAGACGCCCUACUGUUCUGUGGCAUGUCAGUCAAAAGACUGGAAGGUGCACAAAGACAUGUGCAAGUCCAGUGAUGGAGACACUGUCAAAGAAAAGUCCAAGGAAAGCUGUGCUUCACCGGUGUUGGGAGACAGAGCCAGUCUUCUCGAGUCAAAGCACAGUGAUGGGCCCUGCCAGCAGAGAGUCUAUUUAAAGGACUUGUACCUCACCAAAAUUAUUAAGGGAACAGAUGUCCAGGCAUCACUAUUGGAGUUCUACAGCCCGAGCAGGUUUUUCAUCUUUGUCCAAAGUCCUGAGGUGCGAGAAGCCCUGCAAAACAUUAGCAUGGAACUUCAGAAAACCUACGGCAGCUGCCCCUCUACAAUGGUUUAUACACCCUGCCAGGGGGAGGUUUGCGCAGUUCAGUUCUCCUGUGAUAUGAACUGGUACAGAGGCCUGGUCCAGACUUUGGCUCCUGAUCACAAGACUGCGAAGGUCCUUUACAUUGACUUUGGCAACGAGGAGGAUGUUCCCAUACAGAGAAUCAAGCCCCUUAAUGCCAACAUUCAGCUUUUUUGUCCAUGUGCGAUGGAGUGCCACAUUGCUGGGGUGGUGCCCGUGAACAGCAGCUGGUCAGGCGAGUGCUGUUUGGCUGUAAGACAGAUGUUGGCUGGAAAGACUGUGACCGUUAAGUUGAUUGAAACACUUGAGAGUGGUCACGUCCAUGCUGUGGAUAUUAUGCUUUCUUUGGGAAACCGGCUGAGCACAUUCCUUAUCGAACACGGUUAUGCAAUGAAGGAAAUGGCUGCCGUAACCCCAUCUGAGCAAGAAAUAAGUGGUAUGCUAUGUGCAUCUUUGGAGAUCUUCAAGCGUUUCUCUGGUGGAAAGGAUGAUAACAUCCGGGCUGAGGCACCAAAGGCACAGUCACAGGCAGUUGGUGACUCCUUCUCUGUUGUGGUCACCCACUUCCAGUCACCCACCAAAAUCAUUGUUCAGAAAGUAGAGAAUGCCGGAAUGAUUCAGGAGAUGCAAUUGAAGCUGAAGGAACAUUGCUGCAAGUCUCCAGCUCCUCUGAACUUCAGACCUGCUCCUAGUACCGCUUGUUGCGCCCAGUUCUCAGAGGACAAGCAGUGGUACAGGGCUAAAAUCCUGGCAUAUUCAUCAGAAGAACGAGUCUGUGUUGGCUACAUUGAUUUUGGCAACUCUGAGGAGGUGGAGAUCAGACACCUGCGCCCAAUCACUGCGUCUCUUUCGGCUCUGCCGAUGCAGGCUAUCCCAUGUGGACUAGCUGGGGUGCAGCCCGCUGAAGAAGACUGGUCGGAGGAAUGCCUGCUGGCUCUAAAACGAAGAAUCUGCAACCGAGUAUUGCGAGUUGAUAUCCAGGGAGCACACAAGGGCAAUGCUUUGAUGACUAUGAUCGAUGAGAGCAGUGAUCCUCAGGACAACAUCGCCGAGCUGUUGAUCUCUGCUGGCUAUGCACUUCCUGCUACUAUCACCAAUGACCAGCAGGCUGAGCAGAAACCUGCUGCUGCUGCAGAACCACAUGUGUCUAACAUGCCCCGUGAGCCUCUGCUGUGGUCCAGUGCCGAGCUCCCUCGUGACGGGCAGACAGUGAUGCUGCUAUCCAGUGUUGUGGUCAACCCUAGCGAGUUUUACUGUCACAUCAACAAUCCUGCAGACAAUCGACAGCUGGUGCAGCUGGGGGCCGAGUUGAAGCAGCUUUGUGAAGAUGUUGCACCUUUCACACCCAAAGUGGGAGAACCCUGUUGUGCAAAGUUUCCUGGGGAUGGGGCAUGGCAUCGUGCUAUGGUGCAGCAGCUGCUUCAAGAUAGUGUGUCUGUUUACUUCGUGGACUACGGCUACAGCAUUCAAGUGAAAAACAGCUGUGUUAGAGCCAUCGAACCCAAACUCCUGGUUUUACCUUUUCAGGCCAUCCGCUGCUGGCUUGCAGGCGUGGAGCCACUGGGAUUGGAAUGGAGCAGUGAAGCCACGUUGUGGUUCCAAAGUCUCGUGGACGGCCACCAGCUCUCAGCACGUGUCCUCGCACUCACUGAACAAGGCUAUGGCGUGGCGCUGGAGAGCAGAGGGCUGGAUGUGGCGGAUGCCCUAAUUUCUCAGCAACUAGCCAGAGGUUCCGGGCAAACUGAGCGGCUUCCUGAUCUCACGGCCAAAGAAGCACGUACAAGCAAGAGCACUGUAGCCAAGAACCAAGAGAGUGUAAAGGAAAUGGAAGACAGCCAAAAGCAGCUCCAAGCCUCCAACCAGACAGCUGCCAGCUCCCAGGAUGAGCCAUCUGAAGAGCUGAGUGCAACAGUGAAAUCAGAAGCAGAGUCUUUCCCUUUGGACUGGAAGACAGUGGAGCUGCCUGUCAAUGAGAUGUUCCAACCUUACUUUGCUGCCAUCACCAGUCCUUCCCUCUUCUACCUGGUUGGGUCAAACCAAGUUGAACCUAAUAAGCUUCGGGAGGUGAUGGUGGAGCUGGCCGCCUACUGCAGCACCAAGCAGGCCUCAGUGGCCGCAAGCAGACCCGCACCAGGAGCAGUCUGCUGUGCCCAGUUCUCUGCUGAUAAUAACUGGUACCGUGCGGUGGUCCUGGAGGUUGCCGAGAAUGAGAUCACCGUCAUCUACGCAGACUAUGGGAACAUUGAGCAAGUGCCAUGUUCCAGAAUUUUGGCUAUCCCUGUGCACCUGCUGCAGCUCCCCUUUCAGAUAGUUCGCUGUGCCCUCAUUGGUCGAGAACAUUUUCCUACAGUGUGGCCAGCAGAAGUGCAGCAGAUGUUUCGGGACUUGCUGUCGCAGGGUGUCCUAGCCACUGUCCAGUCCUUUGAUGGGUCUGUUAAUCUGCUUUCACUCACUCUGACCACUGAGGGGGGCAGGAGUGAUGUCACGGCUUUGAUCUUGAAGGCACUACAGGCUCAGGUCAAGACCCCUCCUUCUCCAGCCACCCCUGUGUUAUGUGAUCGUACUACAGCUGCCCCCAACUGCCCUCAAUCCACUAGGAUCCCUGAAACCCAUAAAUCGCUGGACGACCCACCUGCUACAACACCAGACUCACCCAAAACUCUCCCACAUACCACUUCUGCUGAGAGAGUUGAUGAAAAUGAAGUGCAAAUGAGGUCACCAUGCAGAAUCGAUACAAAGAAUAAUGAUCUUCAGAACCCUUCCUGCUGCUGUCUGAGUUUGAAGAUGAAGAUCGACCACCUGGAACAGUUGAUGCAGCUGCAGAUUUCUCUCAUCAAACAGUUAACAGGACAAACGUAAUCUUCAUCCUAACCUCGUUCCUUAUCUUACACUUUAUUUGCCAGUUUGUUCAACCAGUUUUAUUUUUCAGUUCAAACUCCAGAAGCUGCCACCGGUUCAUUUACAAUUUUGUCUUUAAAAGGAGUUUUAAGUUUGUGUGUCUGAAUUUGACAUUUUUUAUUUCAAAUCAUAAGAAUGUUUUGAAGUUUGUUUGUUUGUUUGUUUGUUUUUUUUAAAGUAAGUGAGGUUUUCUAUGUUAAAGAUGUUAUAAAUAACUGAAAUCAGUUUUAAGUUCCUCUGUCGUGCGUGCUGUACUGCUGUCUGGUUGUAUUCAUGUUCAGCUGGAUUUGUGUGUCUGUGAUUUCAAAAACAAGAAAAUGUGUUCAAGUGGCUUCAGGUAUCUUUUUUUUUAAUGAC